AUGGUGGCGAUUCCUCCUUCGUCGCCGGAGCAGGACCCGUCUGCGCAAAAUACCCCAUCACUCGCGGACCUUAGUCGAAAUGCUUCCGUCAUAUCGUCCUCGUCCAGCUCCAGUUCUACUUCGGACUUGACUGUGCAGACUCCUCGUCACCGUCCGCGUCCUCUCCGUAACUUCUCAUCACCGGGUAACGCUGCGCGCUCAAGGAGCCCACAGUCACCCACUACCCCGCGUGGAUCGAGACCGCCAGCAUACCUUGCGCGAGAGCUAGGUCUUGCGGAGGCAGAAGGCGACCUAAGACCGCCAUCCCGCCCUCACUCUACGUCGCGCAGCAGCUCUGCCAGUGGGCGCGCCAGCGCAUGUGCGGAUGACUUCUGGUUUCUCGAGCUGCUUGGAGAGGGUUCAUAUUCCGAAGUCGUGCACGUCAGGCACAAAGCGACCGGGGAAGAAUUUGCCAUCAAGAUUAUCAAUAAGAACCAUCUCAAGAAGUACUCAAAGGUGCAGACAGCCAUGGCGGAGAAGAACGCGCUGGUAAAGCUUGGUGCUGUUCACCCGGGGAUUGUGCGGCUGCACUCUGCAUUUCAGGAUCAAACAGAUCUAUACUUCGUCCUGGAUCUGGCCCCUAAUGGGGAACUCCAGUCGCGAAUAUCCAAUCUGGGCUCGCUCUCUACCGAGUGCACACGCGUUUAUGCCGCACAACUAGUCGAUGCGCUAGGGUACAUGCACUCGCAAGGCGUGAUCCAUCGUGACCUCAAGCCCGAGAACCUGCUAUUGGAUGACGCCUUCCGGAUCAAGAUCACAGACUUUGGAACGGGGAAAGUUCUGGGCUCGGGAGGCGAACGCGCGAAGACAUUUGUGGGCACGGCACAAUAUAUAUCGCCGGAGUUACUCGAAGACGGCGAGACGAGCGAAAGCUCCGAUUUCUGGGCCUUGGGCUGCAUCGUCUAUCAAAUGAUUACAGGACGAUUUGCGUUCCAGGGCCUGUCGGAAUAUCUGACUUUCCAGAAAAUCAAGCAGCUCGACUAUUCUUUUCCCGAGGGCUUUGAUGAACAGGCGAAGGACCUGGUCCAGAGGUUGCUUGUGCGGGAUCCCGCGAAGCGAUUGGGUGCAGGUCCUCUUGGGAGUGAGUAUGACAUGCAGGCGCUCCGUUCACAUCCCUUCUUCGCUUCGAUCAAUUGGGGCACUCUGUGGACGGACCCAGUACCACCUCUAGAGCCUGGGCUCUUCAAGAAGCAGCCGAAAGCAUACUCUAAUGGCUCAAGUAUGGACUGCGGCACGGCCUGGGACAGCUUGGUUGGCAAUCAAGACGGAACCAUAGAUGAGGGAAUUCCAUGGGCAACUGAUGAGGAGACCUCCUUCUUAUUUGGUUCUGGAGCGAGGUUCACGAAUGGCAAUGUCUAUUCAGAGGAGGAGGGACCGAUGGGCGAGCAGCGUCCGUACGCGUUCCCACCCAACCUUGAUCACAACAAUGGGGAUGCGGACGAUACCCCAAAGUUCAUGACGCGUGUCGACAAGUCUGACACUUCGACGGUCCGCUUCACAGGCAUGCCUUCGGCAAGGACUGCCGUCUCUGAUGAUGACGAGUUGCCGACUGGCGGCCAUCCUAUCCUCGAUGUCCCGGGCGUCCCGUCGGUCGUGAAGGCGCACCCUAUUGAUGUGCCUGCGUCCAAGGAGGCAGUCGUGGACUCGUGCUCUACAGGCUCUGCAACCAGCUCCUCAGAUGGAAGUGCAGUCGAAAAGCUUGGGGCAGCGAUGGAGACAAGCGGGAUCGAUCGGGGACGGAGUCGCGACCAAACGCCCUUGGUGGGCAACGGUAUGCUUGCGGAUUCAGACUUGACCUCACUGUUGUUACCCAAUGAAACUAUCCUGUUCAACUCGAGUGUGGAAGAGACCGGGCCGAAGCGACGGGCUAGCCGACUGUUUGCGAUGGCCGUUACGCCGAGGAAGAUCAAGUCUCGGGAACUGGUGUUGACGAAUCAUCGGCUGCUUUGCCUCAAACACAAGCCAGGGCGCGCUUAUAAGAUCAGGACUGAGCUACAUAUGCGACCAUUGGAGAAGGAGACGGAGAAAGACGGCCGUCAGAAAUUAAGCAGUGUAGAACCUAAGGGCGACCGGGAGUUUGUUGUAGUGACGAUCUGCCAGAGCUUAUGA